AUGUUUGGGAAAAAGUUUCGCAAUCUUGUGCCAGUGAUUCAAAUCUUUCGGCAUAACCAUGGGGUCCCGUUUGCGCCAAAUGGCCGAGCUUUCCCCAUUUCUGGUGUCUCGACACCGAAAUUCGUGAGCGCUGAUGAAGCGAUCGCCGAAAUUCAAUCAGGUGCUCAUAUCUACAUCCAUGGUCACGCGGCGACACCCACCGAGAUCACUGACGCGCUGUGUGAUCGAGCGGCCACAAAAGACUACAAAUACAACUUUCAUCACAUCAUUCUCUCUGGGAAAGUGCGAUGGGCACAACCGGAAUUUUAUGGCAAAAUUCGCUCAAAUUGUUUAUUCAUUUGUGGUGGAAUGAGACAAGCUGUGUUGGAUGGAGCUGCUGAUUACACACCAGUUUUCCUCGUCGACAUACCGAAAAUUUUCUACGAUCGAGUUGUGCCACUCGAUUAUGCGAUUGUUUCGGUCUCUCCCCCAGAUGAGCAUGGUUAUUGCAGUCUUGGAGUGGAUGUCGAUUGCACAAGUGCUGCCGUCAACAGUGCAAAGCAUCUGAUUGGCUUGGUGAAUCCGUCAAUGCCACGAACGUUCGGCGAUGCCACCAUUCACGCGUCUCAAUUCAAAGCGAUGGUGGAAACGGAUCGAGAGAUCUACUGCAAGGGAGUGCCCGAGUCAAUCGGCGAGGCUGAGCAGCAAAUCGGACGACUCAUCGCUGAGAAUCUCGUCGACAAUGGGGCCACUUUACAGUUAGGCAUUGGUGGAAUCCCCGAUUCAACGCUGAACUCGAUGAGAGAUCACAAGGACUUGGGAAUUCAUACGGAGCUGAUUUGCGAUGGGAUUUUGGAUUUACUUGAAGCGAAUGUCAUCAACAACACGAAGAAAGCGUUUAUGCCUGGAAAAAGCGUCGCCUCGUUCGCUUAUGGAUCGCGAAGGUUUUUCGACUUUGUUCACAACAAUCCCAGCUUUCAUUUUGCCUCUUGCGGCUGGACAAAUCACCCGGAUAUCAUCCGAAGAAACAGCAAAAUGACAGCAAUCAAUGCGUGUAUUGAGGUUGAUCUCACCGGCCAAGUGGUCAGCGAUUCGAUCGGCGAGAAAUUCUAUUCAGGCUUUGGCGGUCAAGUCGAUUUCAUCACAAAUGCUUGUAAUGGUUAUGAUGGAAAGGGGAAAUCGAUCCUCGCGAUGACUUCAAGAACUGAGAAAGGACGUGCAAAGAUUGUGCCCACUCUAUCAAAAGGAGCUGGAGUCGUGUGCACGAGAGCUCACUCACAUUACAUUGUCACCGAGCACGGGAUCGCGAGUCUUUUCGGAAAAUCGGCUAGGCAACGAGCCUACGAGAUGAUCAAGAUCGCUCAUCCGGAUGAUCGAGCCUCGCUGGAGGCGGCCGCUUUCGAGCGCCUUCGAGUGAUGCCAUCGCCGAAUUUU